GAGCUCCUUGUCAAUUUCUUUGAGAGGUCUAAACAAGAUCCUUCUUACUGGGAAACCAUCUCGAUGGGUGGCCUGAAACGCAUACAAGAGAAGUAUACAUGGCAAAUUUACUCUGAUAGGCUAUUGACACUGGCUGGAGUUUACGGAUUCUGGAAGUACGUGUCCAAGCUUGAUCGCCUCGAGAUCAGACGAUAUCUUGAAAUGUUUUAUGCCCUCAAAUAUCGCAAGCUGGCUGAAGAUGUUCCCCUGGCAGUCGAUGAGUAGACAAAUCAAAAGAGGGCAAGCAUGGGGGAGUUUCCAAAUGAAGUUUUCUGUGAUGUUUUAAUAAAACGACGGUUGAGACUGUGAGAAGAAAAUGCUGUUUUCAAUUUCAGUUUUAAAUGUGAGACUUUUUGUUAUUCAUUUCAUGGUUGGGCAAAUGAUUUUUGUGUCUUUUAAGUUGAAUCCUCGCUCGGAUACCACUUUUGCAUUGCAGAAUUCGAGUUCUUGACAGACUCGAGUGAAAAAAAUAAAAAAUAAAAAAAUGAUAUUCUAUAAUUUCAUCGACUGAAUUAAUGGAAAAGAUUGUCAAAAAUCAAGAAUAGAUGAACUGCCAGUGUUGUUAAGCCCUUCGACAUGGUUAAACUGGGUCGAAGGUACUUAGUCCUUUGAACGUUUUCGAUUCAAUUUCAGGACGGAUUUAAAAACACUGGUUAGUUGAUCGAGUGUAUAACGCCCAUUAACUGACAUAAAAGUUAGUUUUGCUGCUGCUUCUUUGCUUCUUAAGCAUUGCCCAGGCAGUUUUCUCUGGCAUUGCAACAAAAUUUUCUGCUCAUUUUUGCUUAGAAAAAUGGAGCCUAGAAAUGCCAUCAGAAAUUCUCAAUUCUUCAAGAAACUAGCAAAAACUCGAAGAAAAACCAUAAUUCUCAUUGUAUUUCUCCCGAUCGUGGCACUUCUCAUUGCUCUAAAUUUCAAGCAUCCGUCAUCGUCAUCAUCAAGAAUUGAUCAUCAACCGUUGAUUCAAUCUCCGCCAUUAAUCGGGCUGCAUUUAUUCAUCAAGAAAGCCUGUGCCACCACACUAUACCCUUCUUUAUGCCUAUCCAGCCUAGCCUCCAUUCAUGGCUCCAAGAACGCCACCAGUUUCCGUCGAAUUCUCGAGGUGGCAAUUAAUCGAACACUUGAACAUGUGAAGGCCACGCAACAAGAUAUCUUGGCUCAUUUUAGACACCAAGAUUUGAAUUCACAGGAAAAUAAUGCACUAAAAGAUUGCAUGGAAAUGUUGGAUCAGACCCUUUAUGAACUUGCACAAGCAGUUGAAGAUCUACGAAUUUCUUCCCCAUCUUAUGUUCGAAUGUCGUAUGGGGAUCUCAAAACCCUACUGAGUGCAGCCAUGACUAAUGAAAACACCUGCAUUGAUGGGUUUUCAGACCUGGAAGAACUGAAUAUUGAUAACCAAACGGGUCACAAAGAACAUCUUCAGAAUUUGUUAACUCCAAUUUCUCGCAUGAUCAGCAAUAGUCUAGCCAUGAUCAAAUACGUGGAGAGCAAAGCCCCGAAACAAAAUCUCAAGAAACCAAGAAUUCUGAGUACUAAAUUGCCAGAAAAUGACGAGUUUAAAGACUGUGUUCAUCGGAGGAGAACGAUGCAGGAAACGACAAACAGAUUAAGGCCAGAUGUGAUUGUGAGUUCAAAUGGCACUGGAAAUUACACAACAAUUGGUGAGGCAAUUGCAGUGGCACCAAAUAUGAGUAUGAACAGAUUUGUGAUUAGGAUCAAGGCAGGAAUUUAUGAAGAAAAUGUGUUGAUUCCAAGAGAGAAGAUUAAUAUCAUGUUAGUUGGAGAUGGUAUGAACUCAACAAUUAUCAAGGGAUGGAGAAAUUUUGCAGAUGGCUUUUCUACCUUUGCAUCAGCUACCUUAAGUAAGUCUCGUUAAACUUCUCUGUCACUAAUUUCUUCGUCUAUAAACACAAAAACGCCAGAACUAACAGAUUUUUGGCAUUAUAACAAGGUCAGGCACGUUGAGAUCUACGACGCAUCAUACUGUAUUUUCGACUUUGAAUUCAAGAAUUGGAGCUAGUAGAGUUUGUAGGUUCUUUAUUGCAUUAUGGUGUGUGUAUAGUAGGACUUACGAUGAGCAACAAGAAAUUUGAAGUAUAUACUUUAUUCGAUACAAACUCAAAUUUGAAAAAGACCUUGUUCAAUCCUCUUCUCUUGAUUUCUCGAACCGAAAAAUCCAUGAAUUGAGAUAUUGAUGCCAGGCCUGGACGCCACUGUCCUUGGCAGCCUGCCUGUUUCCGCACCACUAAGAUGGGUCGCGCACUCC